AAAGUGCAUGUCUUUGCUUCCAUCGAACGCGCAUAUCUUCCUGGGGCGUUUGGAGUUGGCGUUGUUGAGGCCGUGCUGAUCAGGCAAUGGUCGGGUGCUGCCGACGGCGUGUAGCAGGAUCAACUCUGACGUGGCUUUGAACUUGCACACCAUUUGGGUUCGAGAAGUGCUGCUGCCGCCGCUACCGCCGCCACCGUCGUAGUAGCAGCAGAAACUGCUGCAUCAUGGAUUCUCAACAUGGCCAAUGGCCAAGUGAGGGCUCGGACGUGGCCCGCCUGCAGUCCCUGCUGUCUGCUCGCGGGUUGUCGGCUGCGGUGCAGCCGGACGCAGAGGCGCUGCAGACGAUGCUUGCAGUCGCCGGCGAUCCGCUGGAGGCCGCAAAGCUCAUAUUUGAGAGCUUUGGCGCCGAGCGGAGGAUUAGCGGGGAGGCUUUGAUCCACGCAUCACCUUCUAGGCGGCAACUGCUCGAGGUGGAUGACUCCGACGUCACACAGCCUUUCCCUUCACCGCUUGGAAUCGGGCUUGCAUCACGUCAAUCCCGGUCACUCCAUCGACCAGGCGUGCCUCAAGAGAGCAACCUCUCCGUUUUUUCGACCGUAUUUUCGGCACUUGCCCUUCCCUUCACGCUCCUACGACACCUCUUAGUAUUCAUCGCAAGGUUCAUGCCUCUGCGAGCGUUCCUGCCUCCUGUACUUUUUGGAGAAGCGGAAGGUGGUGUGGAACGACAGCAGCAAAGAGGCAGAGUAUGGAAGGACACUGAUCCUAUCAAAGCAGCCGAGCGGUAUCGCCUUGGCCUGGAGCAUUUUGUGGCAGCGCAGUCAAAUUCGCAGCACGAAGCAGACGGCGACGCACACGCGCUGGCAGACAAGACUAGGCGUCGAGCAAAGGAGGAGAGACUGCGUCACCGAGUCGAGCAGCCAAUAGCUUCGUCUUCCACAACACCCGUCUACCCCCCAUCUCGCAUAGCAGCGUCCGAUAUUCAGCUUCGCAUUCCAACAAACCUGCUGACAACGUCUUAUAAUCAGGCCAUUCAACAAGCCAAAGACGAGCACAAGAUCCUGGUGAUCGUCCUCGAGAGCCUCGAGCACCAACACUGCGAGCAGUUCCGCCGUGAGGUACUACUUAACGAGAAAUUCGUCAACGUGAUCAGUCGGCGAGACUUUCUCGUCUGGGGUGGAGACAUCGGCGAGAGGGACGCAUACCAAGUGUCAAAUCUACUUCAAGCGUACACGUAUCCCUUUGUCGCAUUUGCCUCUUUACAGCCAUCACGCAACCGCACCGUAGGACUCAGCUCCUCCAGUCGCCCUCCACGCAUGGCGAUUCUCUCCCGGCAAGAGGGCUCUCCAUCAAAUAUGACCUCUGCCGCAAGACUGACAGAUCACAUCCAGGAUCUAUUGCUUCCGCGUGUGUUGCCUUACUUGCAACGUCUGCAGCGAGAUAAAGACAGGCGCCAGCGCGAACGUGAGCUGCGGGAAGAGCAGGAUCGAGCAUAUCAACGCGCUGCUGCUGCAGAUGCGGAACGGGUGAGACAGGCGCGAGAAAAUGAGCGACGGAAGCGCGAGGCCGUGAAGCAGAAAGAGCAAGAACUGAGGCGGGAGGAGGAAACGAAGAUAAAGUACGGGGUCUGGAGACGGUGGGCAAGGCGCUACCUUGUACCCAUUGACGCCGGCGGUGACGCAUCAGAUUGCAUCAAAUUCGCACUGCGAUUGCCGACGGGCGAGCGCCUCGAACGCCACUUCGCAACAAGGGCUCCGGUUGAAGCCCUAUUUGCGUAUGUAGAGUCCGCCACGCAGUCCGCUGAAGAGGAGGAUGAAGACGAUGUACCCCUUGCUCCGCCUGCGGACUACACACAUUCCUACCGCUUUGCGUUCGUCAGCGGCUAUCCUCGGGCCAAAAUCGAGCCAGAGACUUCCAUCGGCAAGAGGCUUUAUGAGGUCGAUGCACUCAAGAAUGGCGGCGCAUUCAUUGUGGAGGGUCAGAUCGGAUUCUCGCGAAUCAAAACAAUUGACACCACGGAUGAAGAUACCGAAGGGCAGGAAUAGAUUGUAUUCCAGUGACAACAACAUGCGUUUGUCCUGGUUCCUUUAGGUCGCAGCUGCAUUUCUGCUGUGCUUUUUGAUACACGCCCAGCAUGCAGCACGCUUGGUAUCUCAACGCUUCCACAAUUUCCCAAAACAGUCUUGCAUGUCCGAAACGAAGCGCACGGGUUUCUCCAUGGCAAAAAAAUGCCCGCCAUCUGGAUGCUCUCUGUGCCAUUUCAAGUUGCAAGUCGACGCCACCCAUUCUUUUGGAGUAGGGAUUAA